AUGUCCAUCUCCGAGAUAUGUGCGAAUACCGCAGACCCAUUGUUCAUGUGGGUUACGAACAACUAUGUCAAUCGAGCCGAAAAUACUGCCCCAGCUUGGGGUGCCUCCAUCUAUCUCGGAGAACCACCUCAACCCUUCUCCAUUCGCCCAGCUAUCGAUGACUUCACCAUGGUCGCUUUGGCGGGCAAUUGCCAAGGGACGCAAGACUACGAUUGCAUUGCAAGACGAGGAGGUGUCUAUGAUCCCGGCUACUCAACGACAAUUCACAACUCGAGCGACGUUGAGGGAUGGAACGGCACAAUCGGGGCCUACGACGCCAGCAUUUUUGACUUUCACAACGAUGUUCUCACCUUCGGGUGGAAUGACACUACAGUAUAUGGCUGGCCUUUUGUUACAGACGACCAGGACUACUGGGCAACUCGAAACUGGCUGGGAAUCGGUCUCAACUCUACCUUUCUAACCGCAGCUGUCGAAAGUGGUGCUGCUCCUGCGAAGUCUUGGGGCAUGUGGACUGGAAGUCGAUCCAUAACGAACCCCCAGGACGGUCUGCUCAUUCUGGGUGGCUUCGACAAUGCUCGCAAAGGUGAGGAUUGGACGGUCUUCCCAGGUGCUGAAAACUGCCCAACAUGCAUCCAGAUCAGUAAUAUAGAAUGGGUGAGCGACACCAACAAUGCAACGUCACUGUUCAACACCUCAGUCGAAGCAAUCCAGGUCUCACUGGAUCCAUGGUACGACAACAUCCGCCUACCGCAAGCCGUCUGGGAAAAUUUCGGCUCAGCCACUCAAGGCAAGUACGACGACAGCAUCGGUUACUUCACCUGGCCAGCGGGAACGACGCCCCCGGGCAAACUUCGCGUCACGCUACAAGGUGGCUACGAGAGCGAGAUCCCAGCGGAAGAGAUCUUCACCAUGCCCAGAUCCUACGACAGCACCGGAAACUACACCGUCUACGACAACACCACCGAAUACGCACUGAUCUACAACUACACCAACACUGGCAGCGUCAGCAACGCUGUAGGAUCAUGGGGCCUCCCCUUCCUGACGAUGAACUACUUGGUGGUGGACGCACCCAAGAGGGAAUUCUGGCUGACGCCUGCUGUGCGUCAAAACUUCGGGAACGAAGGCGGCGUCUUUCCAUUGCCUCUGUGCACGGGACUCGCAGCGCCAACAUCAACACCCUCCUCCAGUCCCACAACCACCACUCCCGCCCCGACAGAAUCCACUUCCGACGUAGUGGUAGCUGGCGGCGGCACACCCGUAGGCCCGAUCGUGGGCGGAGUUGUCGGCGGCGUAGGCGGUAUCGCACUGAUCGCUCUGCUCGCCUUCAUGCUCCUCCGACGCCGCAGCCGCUCUAACAAAGAAACCGAAAUCGCCAACUCCUCGGCGUACCCGCCCGCACCACCACCAACCCAACAAAUCAUGAAUUCACCACACCAGCACCACUCCUACACAGGCGGCGCCCCGCCUCCAGGCGUGUACUCGCCAACGCACAGCUACCCGAGCCCGCCGUUCGGCAACUCCGGGCACAACUCGAUGGGCUACGCCGGCGUCCCGAUGAGUGGCUUCGGCGGGCCGCAGAGCGACUACUCGAACGACAUGCAACAACACCACACCGGCCCGCAAUUCUACUCCCCGUCGCCGUCCGUCAAGCCCGAGCACGCGUCCAUGGUGUACAGUGACACGGCGACCGCCGUGCCGGAGCUGGCGUCCCCGGGCCAGCAUGACCCGGAGUGGCGUGCGGAGAGGGAUGCUUCUGCUGCUGUAACGCUGCCCCUUCUUCCCAAAUGA